AGAGACUCAACAUCGAUUCAGAACCGGUAAUUCUGGUUUUAGAUUCGAGAGCCAAAGCAAAUGCCUCUUCCAAGAAAAGCCUCGACUCUUUCCAUUACCAUCUUUUCUCUAUUCUUCAUCUCCUCAGCCUCUGCAUCAUCAAACCACGAAGUCACAUCUUUAAUUUCUUGGCUUCAGAGCUCCACCACCACACCUCCUCCGACGUCGUUUUCCACCUGGAACCCAUCUGAUUCCGACCCUUGUCAAUGGUCUUACAUCACUUGCUCAGAAAAACUCGUUACAGAGAUCAACAUCGUCUCUCUUCAGCUAGCUUUACCUUUCCCUCCUAACAUCUCCUACUUCACCUCUCUUCAGAAACUCGUGAUCUCCAACGCUAAUCUCACCGGAACUAUCUCCUCCGACAUCGGAGACUGCUCUCAGCUCAGAGUUAUCGACUUAAGUUCAAACAGUCUCGUUGGUGACAUACCUUCGUCUCUAGGAAACCUCAAAAGCCUCCAAGAACUCAUCUUAAACUCCAAUGGUCUCACGGGAAAGAUUCCUCCCGAGCUCGGAGAUUGCGUCUCCCUCAAGAAUCUUGAGAUCUUCGACAACUACUUAUCAGGGCCUCUCCCUCCUGAGCUUGGAAAGAUCUUAACUCUCGAGAGCCUUCGAGCAGGAGGAAACACAGAGCUUUCAGGAAAGAUCCCUGAGGAGAUCGGAAACUGUGGUAACCUAACCGUUCUAGGGCUCGCCGCUACGAAAAUAUCCGGUAACUUGCCUAUCACGUUAGGUCAACUAAGCAAGCUUGAAACUAUAUCUGUCUAUUCAGCAAUGCUCUCUGGAGAGAUCCCUAAAGAGAUUGGAAACUGCUCUAAACUUAUCAAUCUCUUUCUAUACGACAAUGACUUGUCUGGCACGGUUCCAAGAGAGCUAGGUCAACUUCAAAACCUAGAGAAGAUGCUUUUAUGGCAGAAUAAUCUCCACGGAGCUAUCCCUGAGGAGAUAGGUUUCAUCAAAAGCUUAAACUCCAUUGAUCUCUCUACUAACUAUUUAUCAGGAACUAUUCCUGAAUCGUUUGGUAACUUGACGAAUCUCCAACAGCUUAUGCUUAGCAGCAACAACAUCACAGGGUCGAUACCUUCCGUUCUAAGCAACUGCACAAAGCUUCUUCAGUUGCAGAUUGAUGCUAAUGAGAUUUCUGGUUUGAUUCCUCCUGAGAUUGGUUUGCUUAAGGAGCUUAAUAUCUUCUUAGGGUGGCAGAAUAAGCUGGAAGGGAACAUUCCGACAGAGUUAGCUGGUUGUAAGAAUCUUCAAGCUCUUGACUUGUCUGAGAAUCUUCUCACCGGAGCCUUACCUGCUGGUUUGUUCCAGCUUCGGAAUCUGACUAAGAUCUUGCUUAUAUCUAACUCCAUCUCCGGUGUGAUCCCACCGGAGAUCGGAAACUGCACUUCUCUUGUCAGAUUAAGGCUUGUUAAUAACAAGAUCAGCGGAGAGAUUCCUGAAGAGAUAGGGUUUCUUGAGAACCUUAGCUUCUUAGACUUGUCUGAGAACGAUCUCUCUGGUUCGGUUCCUUGGGAGAUAAGUAAAUGCAGACAGCUACAGAUGCUAAACUUGAGCAACAACACUCUUAGAGGUUAUCUUCCUCUCUCUUUAUCUUCUUUAACAAAGCUUGAGGUUCUUGAUGUCUCUUCAAAUGACUUGACUGGCACGCUUCCUGAUGGUCUUGGUCAGCUCGUUUCACUUAACCGUCUCAUUCUAAGUGAGAAUUUCUUCACUGGGAGGAUCCCUAAGUCUCUAGGUCAGUGCAAGAAUCUUCAGCUUCUUGAUCUCAGCAGUAACAACAUCUCUGGAACCAUACCUGAAGAGCUCUUUGACAUUGAGAAUCUAGAUAUUGCCUUAAACUUGAGCUGGAACUCAUUAGAUGGCUUCAUUCCAGGGAGGAUCUCAGCGCUUAACAGACUAUCCGUUCUAGAUAUAUCUCACAACAUGCUUUCAGGAGACCUCUUUGCGCUGGCCGGUCUUAAGAACUUGGUUUCUCUCAACAUCUCUCACAACAGAUUCUCAGGUUAUCUUCCAGACAGUAAAGUGUUCAGACAGAUGGUACAAGAAGAGAUGGAAGGGAAUAAUGGACUUUGUUCCAAAGGCUUCAGGUCUUGUUUUGUCAGUAAUAAUGGUACACGGUUAAACACACAGUCCGGUGAAGAUUUUAUGCACUCUCAGGGACUCAAGAUAGCCAUUGGUUUGCUAAUCAGUUUAACAGUGGUUCUAGCGGUAUUAGGCGUGUUAGCGGUUUUACGAGCAAGGCAAAUGAUUCAAGACGAUAACGAUUCAGAGAAGGGAGAAAACCUAUGGACAUGGCAAUUCACACCUUUUCAGAAACUCAACUUCACAGUAGAACAUGUACUCAAGUGUUUGGUAGAAAGUAAUGUUAUAGGUAAAGGCUGCUCCGGCGUAGUGUACAGAGCAGAAAUGCCUAACCAAGAAGUCAUCGCAGUGAAAAAGCUCUGGCCAGUGACGGCAACAGUUACCAAGACAUCAGGAGUUCGAGACUCAUUCUCAGCUGAAGUCAAGACACUUGGUUCGAUCAGACACAAGAACAUUGUUAGGUUCUUGGGAUGUUGUUGGAACAAGAACACGAGGCUUCUUAUGUAUGAUUAUAUGUCGAAUGGGAGUUUGGGAAGUUUGCUUCACGAGAGGAGUGGUGAAUGUUGCUUAGGGUGGGAGGUUAGGUACAGGAUUAUACUUGGUGCAGCUCAGGGUUUGGCUUACUUGCAUCAUGACUGUGUUCCUCCCAUUGUUCAUAGAGACAUCAAGGCUAAUAAUAUUCUCAUUGGCCCUGAUUUUGAGCCUUAUAUUGGAGAUUUUGGUCUUGCUAAGCUUGUUGAUGAUGGUGACUUUGCUCGUUCUUCCAAAACCAUUGCUGGUUCCUAUGGUUACAUAGCUCCAGAAUAUGGAUAUUCACUGAAGAUAAGAGAGAAAAGUGACGUGUAUAGCUACGGAGUCGUGGUCCUAGAGGUACUAACGGGGAAGCAACCGAUCGAUCCAACGAUACAAGAUGGACUACACAUAGUAGACUGGGUCAAGAAGAUCAGAGAUAUACAAGUAAUUGACAAAGGAUUAUUAGCGAGACCAGAAUGUGAGGUCCAAGAGAUGAUGCAGACGCUAGGAGUUGCACUUCUCUGCGUUAACCCAAUGCCUGAAGAUAGGCCCACAAUGAGAGAUGUGGCUGCUAUGCUUAGUGAGUUACGUCAAGAAAGAGAGGAGUCUAUGAAAGGUGUUGAGAAUAAUGUUUGCUCCGGAAGUUGUAACCACAGUGGAGGAGAACGUAGUAGAGAUGAUUCUUCACCUUCCUCUGUUGUGCAGCAAACGGCUAAGCAUUUGGGAAACAGUAGCAACAUUCUCUCUACGUCUUCUUUGAUGUACUCUUCUUCUACUACUACUUCUAAUGCCAGACCAAAUGUGAAAUAGAUGAGUAAUUAAAAUUUCUAAGGGAACAAGUUUUCUACUUUGUGAGAUUGUGGUUACCUUUAUGACGUUGUGACUAACUCUGUGUUUAACCAAGAAAUAAAAACUGAACAACAAUCUAG